UUUCCCAGAAUGAAGCUGAGACAUCGCUGACCUUCAAUCAUAUCUUGCCACGAUUGUUUUCAAUUACGGAUGCAAUGGAUUUUAAAUCCACGAUAUCCGAAGCAUCGAUGUUAAAUCAGAACUAAGCAGUAUAGUAGAAUUUGAGUUUAUUUAAGACGACGUUUAUCACAGAGUAAAAAAUUGUGAACAUAAAAUUUACCACUCCCACCGAUGCUGGCAUCAAAAAUAGAGCUUCCCAUUUGAAUACUCAAAGUUUAAGUCAGAAUGGAAACCUUGGAAAUGAGGUUCAAGCUCAAAUCAAAGGUCACCAUUGAAUCCUUUGUCAAAAGUUAGCCAAGAUUUGGACUUGGUAAUUUUUUUUUCGCUGAACUCCGCAAGAAUUCUAGGGGCUUCCAUACUUCUACCUCACUCUAUUUAAUUGGGAUAUAGUAAAACGUUAUGUAACAGUAUAAAGUGAAUUUUGCUAGACGCGGAACGAUCCUAUGCAUAUACGGUAUGUGACGCUGUAACUUAUUUCUCAAGGACCAAUCACUUUAGAUAUUAUGUGCAUCUUCAGUAUUUCAAUAAACUGGAGACUUUUUUUCCAUUUGGCUGGCGGGACUAAUCGAAAAAAAAUUAUAUUACACCUAUGAAUAUCAUUUUCGUUAAUUAAGCUGACAGCCAGCAUACAUUAUAGACGAUAAUCAUACAUUGAAUACAAUUUUGAAACAAAAUGAUACUUGAGUGCCAGACGUAUAAAAAAGUUUUACUGCUUAUAAACGUUGCAGGAAAAAAAUCAACUGUCCAAUUGAUUAACAACCAAUCGAAAAAUUUUGCUAAUCCGAGAACGCAUGAAACAACAUGCUUUAAUUACCUUGUAUACUGUACUGAUGUCAGAUUUUCACUCGGUUUUUUUUUUUUUUUUAUAUACUGUUUUUAUUUUCGUUCACCUAUUUUCUUUUCUCAAGCUAACAGAAAAGAGGAAAAGAGACUAAAAUCAUUGGAAUCUGGUUAACCAUUUUCGAGAUAUCGUAAUUGUUAUUUCUUUCUGUCGUUUUAAAUUUUGUCAGCUCCAAGUGGAAAAAAGCCGCGCCAGUUGAAACCUAAAUUAUUCAAAUCCGUGAACCGAUAUCGAACAUAUAUUAUCAUUUUUAUUUAUUCUCAUAUGCAUUUAUUCCAAUAAGUUAAAAAUUACUGAACUGGUCGGACGAAACAUCUUAUUGGUAUUAAGUGACGCAAAACCCCAUCGAUCGGGGCCAGGAUCGUUAGAAUCCCGAGAUAUCGCCGGCCUAAAUAAUUGCAGAGUUAUAAUAAAAAAUAAAAGAGGUUCAACAAUACGUAGCAGCGGAUAAAUAUACGUUCCGUACAGAAUAUUUCAUCUUAUAAAUAAUUUGUCACGUCUCGCACGUAAGUUUGCACAUUUCUAAUUCUUCUCGCAUUCAUUCGAAAUACGCGUUCACUUAGCGGGUGACUUGAAAUCGCUUUACAAGUUUGUAUCAAAAUCUUUAAUACCGAUCGAUUACGGCUACGGUUACGAUUACGUCAGGCGGGUGUAUUCCACUUUGACAAAAAUAGCUGACUCGUUAUUUCCAUUAAACCCCUGACGGACAUUUAAUACAAACCACAAUUUAAAGCCCGAUAUACAAUGGGCCGUGUACUCGUACGCAUUACACUGUACAAGAUACGUGUUUACAGCGAUGAGCGUAACCAUGACACGUUCAUUCUUUCGAUAUUUAUUGUAUACAGGUUCCAUUGUUAUAAACCACGGUUUCAUCAAUGCUUCACGGAACAUUUUUCUAACAAGAACGCUCUGAUGCUUCUGGACAGUCAUUGUUCCUUGAAAUUUAUAAACUGUGAAUGUACCUAAAAAAUGUUGAAUAAAUUUUUCCAUAACACACAGUCACGUGGCGAGGAGAAAUGGAAAACUGGCGUGACUGGUUCCUGGAGCAGAAUGCGGUCCAGCCAUCGAUGAUAAUAGCCUUUUGGGAUUUUUGGCAUCCUUCCGAAAACUGGACAUCGAAUACGCCGAGGAAGCAACUGGAAUGGCUUAUUCUGGGCAGCAAGAUGAGCCUGGAAAGGGCAAAGCAGAAACUGGACAUGUAUUACACGAUCCGACGCCUGGUGCCGGAGCUAUUCAUGAACAGAGAUCCACGAGAUUCUGGUCUAACCGACUUGCACGAUGUAACAAGGAAAUUAUCGCUUGUUGCAGGCGGUACGUGAUUCUCCCGAAACUGACCCCUGAGAACUGCAGAACUUGCAUUCUUCAACCCACCGUUAAUGAUGUUAAUAAAUUUGAUCCCUGGCUGCUUCACAAAUACAUGUUCAUGGUCGGCGAUAUCCGGAUGGUUGAAGACCGCAGUGUCGGUGACAUAUUCGUCUACGAUCUUGCGAUGAUAAGUCUGGGUCACGUCAUGAAGCUCACCCCCACCCUUCUCAAAAAGUGUGAAGUAGCAGCUUCGGAAGCCUACGCGACAAGGAUAAGAGGCAUUCACUUCAUCAACGCUCCCCCUUUCGUCGAUCGCAUUGUGACCAUGGUCAAGUCCGUGCUGAAACCUAAGCUCGCUGCUAGGAUGCACGUUCACGCUGUUGGCGAUUUGGAAUCAUUCCAUCGGUUGGUACCUAAAUCAAUACUACCCAAGGAUUACGGUGGAAGCUACUCAACUAUGAAAGAGAUAUCUGAUUUGUUGCGUAAGAAAGUGGACGAUUGGCGGGACUGGUUUUUGGAGCAAGAAAAGGUUUUCGCGGACGAACGACUGCGCCCUGGUCCAGCUUUCGACGAGAACGACCUCUUCGGGUUUUCCGGAUCAUUUAGGAAGUUGGCUGUUGAUUAGUUGAACCAUCGAUCUCGAGAACAUCCGGCGGGAAAAAUACCGAGAUACACGUUGUUAGUGGAAAUUGUUGAUACAUGAAGAAACUGUGCCUCUUCUUUUGAAGUAGUUAAAGAUUACUAGUGGAAUUUUGGGAUGGACUAUGGCCACUUGUUAAAAUUGUAAGCACGCUGCGUCAAGCAAUGCAUUGCAGGGGAUCUGAACGUCAAUCUUGCGUCGGUUCAGAGUCCACGUUAACGUGGCUGUGGCGUGAAAGAGACGUUGUACCGCAGAAAUCGUACUUAAAUAUUCCACUUACAUGUUCAUUCCACUAGUAAGCAUGUAAGUGAUUCUGGCACAGCACAAAAUUCUCUCGAAUUUCCAUGGAAAUAGUCCUCUGCGUUUUCAUGUCCACGUGAAUCUGAUUUCGAAUUGGUUAACUUAAAAGACAUGUCAUUAUUAGCUGACUCGUGAAAUUUCUAAAAUAAUUUUUUGACAAAAAGCGUCGAGAUUCGAAGAAAAUUCAAUCUCACUUUCUUCGUAACCAAAGUAAUACAACGUGACUUGUGCUUAUCGUCUCAAAAUUCAUAUUGUGAUCAAAGAUAAUAUCAACUCUUUACUCUUCAUACUGGAAUAAGAUCGAUUGAUUUAUUGUUCAUCUGUCAAGCUUGCGAAAAGCACAUGGAGUGCGUCUCAUGGGUAGAGGAACAUACUUCCUCAUUGCUGUUCCCAUUUUGCAGUGGAUGGUUGUGUUGUAUAUUAAUGGCCAAAUCAGUUUUGACGCCCAAACUCGCUGCAAUAAUUUGUACUUAAUAGCCAUAAGUGAUAAGUUAAGCCUGUUAAGAUGUGGGGAUGAUAAAAUUUAGGUCAUGAAACCACGAAGCAAUUUUGGACGAAGGAGUAACUUUAAAACAGACCCGCUUUCUCACGAAUUUGCAUAUAAAUAUACCCUCACUGACUUGUCACACUUUCUUUUGUGAGUCACUAAUAAAUCGCGAUCAACGCAUAUUAAUUUAUCUUA